GCGCACUGGGCGGCAUUGCUGUUCGGCGGCGCUGGCGCCGCAGUCCGGGCGCUGUGGGGCGGGGGGGGGCGGCCAUGGGGCGGGGGGCGGCCGCGGCAUCUGGAGCCGGCUAGCUACAGUGGACGGCGGCGGCGCGGGUCCGCCGAGCUCGAGACAGUCCUACCGGCGCUCGCGGUAGCGAACGACAUGGAGCAGGAGAGGGUCAGCAUGAGCAAGGAGCUGGGCUCAGCCUCAGCCACCUACCGCUGCUCUGCUUGCCAUGGGGACGAGGACUGGGGCCUGGGCCACCCCAUUCGGGGCCGUGCCAAGUCCCGCAGCCUGUCCGCCUCACCUGCACUGGCCAGCACCAAGGAGUUCAGGCGCACCCGCUCUCUGCAUGGGCCCUGCCCAGUGACCACUUUUGGACCAAAGGCCUGCGUGCUACAGAACCCCCAGACCAUCAUGCAUAUCCAGGACCCCGCGAGCCAGCGGCUGACAUGGAACAAGUCUCCAAAGAGUGUGCUCGUCAUCAAGAAGAUUCGGGAUGCCAGCCUGCUACAGCCCUUCAAGGAGCUCUGCAUGUACCUGAUGGAGGAGAGCAACAUGAUUGUGUAUGUGGAGAAGAAAGUUCUAGAAGACCCUGCCAUAGUGAGUGAUGAUAACUUCGGACCUGUGAAGAAGAAGUUCUGCACCUUCCGAGAAGACUAUGAUGACAUUUCCAACCAGAUUGACUUCAUCAUCUGCCUGGGCGGGGAUGGCACCCUGCUGUAUGCCUCCUCGCUGUUCCAGGGCAGCGUGCCUCCGGUCAUGGCGUUUCACCUUGGCUCCCUUGGCUUCCUGACCCCCUUCAACUUUGAGAAUUUUCAGUCUCAAGUUACUCAGGUGAUACAGGGGAAUGCAGCUGUUGUUCUCCGGAGCCGGCUGAAGGUCAAGGUGGUGAAGGAGCUCAGGGGAAAGAAGACAGCCAUCCCCAACGGGCUCAGUGAGAAUGGGGUGCUAGCAGCGGGCUUGGACAUAGAGGCUGGAAAGCAGGUCAUGCAGUAUCAGGUCUUGAACGAAGUGGUGAUUGAUAGGGGCCCCUCCUCCUACCUGUCUAAUGUGGAUGUCUUCCUGGACGGGCACCUCAUCACCACGGUGCAGGGCGAUGGUGUCAUCGUCUCAACCCCCACGGGCAGCACCGCCUACGCAGCCGCUGCCGGGGCAUCCAUGAUCCACCCCAAUGUGCCAGCCAUCAUGAUCACCCCCAUCUGCCCCCACUCGUUGUCAUUCCGGCCCAUUGUGGUCCCUGCAGGGGUGGAGCUAAAGAUCAUGUUGUCACCAGAGGCUAGAAACACUGUCUGGGUUUCUUUCGAUGGACGAAAGCGACAGGAGAUCCGACAUGGAGACAGCAUCAGCAUCACUACCUCCUGCUACCCGCUCCCUUCCAUCUGUGUCCAAGACCCUGUAAGUGACUGGUUUGAGAGCCUGGCCCAGUGUCUGCAUUGGAACGUGCGCAAGAAGCAAACCCACUUCACGGAGGAGGAGGAGGAGGAGGAAGAAGAGAAGGAGGGUGGCGAGGAGGGCUAGGCCUCAACUACUGUGCAUCCCAAGGCCUCUGCUGGCUCCCUUUCUGCCUUCUCCCUGCUUGUCUCCAGAGAGAGGCAGCUGCCUAAGAUACAGCAUUGUCAAUGGCCUGGGCAUGUGUGGCAGCAGGUGGCUUGCACUGACCUCUGCCACACCAGAAGGACUCUGGGGCCACUACACUUCCCUUGACCAGAUCUGCUAUUUUUAAACAUUUUCAAUCGGACUUUUUUCUUUGCAUUUCUAAAUAAUCAAAUGAAGGCUCAGCGGAAGCUCUGAGCAGCACCACACAGCGCUAUGUGAUAGGUCAGAGCUGUGGUCCCCAGGCAGGGACGGCUGAGCUGGAUGGGCUCUUUAUAAUUCUUUGUCAGGAAAACUUCUGUAAAUCAGUCUAUUGAAAUUCAGAGGAGAUUGGAAUGGAUUGAUCUGUCCACUGGUGUGAAAAUAAAUGAUGCAUAACCAAAAAUCCUCCAUUAGCUCUGACGAUUUGCCCCUGCUCCUAUUCCUGCUCCUUCUACCCUAAAACAGAUGGGGACACCACUAGAGUCUUUGUGCCCAUGGCUACCCACCCACUACUGCCUUGCAGCCUCCUACUGGCGCUGUGCCUCAGUGCCCCCCAGCGCCUCAGCAUUGCGCUGAACUGGCGAGAGGUCAGUCCACACACAUUCCUCCACAUCCCAAAGGUAUUUUGCAUUCUAUGUAUCCUUUUUAGAGAUUCUUUCAAACUCCCUGAAGUUGCUAUGUACAGAUUUUACUGUACACACUUGGAGGAUCUCAGAGGAAGGGUUUGUGUUGUUGUGACAUGUUUACACUGUUCUGUGUGACAUUGUGUGGGGAUCAUUCAGCCCAGCAAGCUCGGGGUUCCUGGGCAGGAGCUCCUUUUUGCCCUGUGAUGAGGCCAGGACAGAUGGACCAGAAGGAAAGUGGUGUUGUCUCCUAUCGACUUUGCUCUUGCUGCUCCUGAGGUGCCAGGGACUCCCCUGGCUCUGUGCCACUUUGCUGGCGCACAUUCGUGCACAUACUGAAACGCUGCCACGUGGGCCCCAAAACAGUUGAGUGUCCACAGGUGGAACUGUCCUCAGUGCAGAGAGACUGAGGCACAGCUCCUGAAGUGACUCUUCAUCCACUUAGAGGGUCCCACACCACAGCCUCAAAGUGAUUGUUAGGCAUUCAGGACCCCAAGCUCUGGCCACAGUGCUACCCGCCCUGCUGUGGGAAGCCUAAGAGGCCUGGCAUGCCCAGAGAGUAGUGUUUGGAAUUGGCUCACUCAUUCAGAAAAAAAAGAAAAAAAAAAAAGCAAGUGUUAACCAAUUUUUAAUGUGUUGUGCUGUUGGGAUGAUCUAGAACACCUUGGGGUUUUUGAAAUAAAUUCUUAAUGUUUCAUAUUGUUAAUAUCUUAAAUUUUUUAUGUUUAAAAGCCUUAUCACUAUUUUCAGAUUCUUUCAAUAAACAGACUUGUCUACAAA